AAGAGGAAGUGUUAAGCUGAGCAAGAGAGAUCAAGUGGAACUAGUGAUAGCGUUGCUAGCGAGCCAUGCUGCCGAGUGUGCUGGGCUGGACGGCCUGCCUACUGGGCUGGGCGGCCUGCCUGCUGAACUGGACGGCCUGCCUGCUGGGCUGGCUGCUGCUCCUGGUCAUGACGCUCCGGGUGGCGCUCGGCCCCGACGGCGUCGACGCCCUGCGCGCCCGCCUGAUGGCCUGGGCCAUGAACCGGUUCAAGACACAGCAGGAGCAGCAGCUCGCUGCCAUCAAGGCCGAGCUCUUUGAAGAGAUGAAGCAGAUGCAGUCGGCGGGACCGAACCUCAAGGGAGGCAGUCUGGACAUCCUGGAGAUUGGCGUCGGCUGCGGCACGAACCUGCAGCACUACCCGGCUGGCUCUGUGCUGACCUGUGUCGAUCCCAACAUCCAUUUUCAAGACUACUUCCGGCGAACGUGCGUCGAGCAUGCUGCCCACCUCCACCCGGACAUCCGGUUUGUUGUCGGUCAUGGCGAGGAUAUGACGGCCGUGAAGGACGGAUCGGUGGAUGCUGUGGUACUCACCCUGGUCCUCUGCAGCGUGCGGGAUCCCAGCAAGGUGGUGCACGAGGUCCAGCGCGUGCUCAGGCCGGCGUGUUGGCUGUGA